CACCAAUACUCAUGGCCUUGUAGACAGAGUCCUCCACUGCUUAACAUAUAAAUGGAAUGAUCAACAACCAUUUUGGGUCAAUACUUUUAAAAGCAAGUUUAAAAUCCGAGUAUAUAACAGUCGUGGAGAGAUAGUCUUAAUUUACAUAUCUUUGUUCUCUUCCUUGGAAGGAUUUAAACAACAAGGCUGCUGGUCUAGACUUGCACUAGGGAUGAGUGACAUUUGAUCUUGGCUGUACAAGAAUCGGUGUUGACAUUCUCUGAUUAAUCCUGUAAUAGUCCUAAACUUGAUCAACAGAAUUGUUCUUGUUUAGAACAUGGCUCGUCGCAGACAAGAAGCACUCGAUGCUGGACAGGUGAUUGAACAAGGGAAGAACUGGCCUGAGAAGUUCACAAAGCUAGAAAUCCUGAAGGAGAUCCCCUUUGACCCUGCAUUGGACUGCAUCUACUCGCUUCAGUACUCCUACAGUGGGGAAGUCCUGGCAGUGGGCCAUGGGAAUGGUGCCAUCAGGUUGUACAGCUCCACUACUGGUGAGUUGGUGUCAGAGUUGAGAAAAUCUCGUUAUGGGGGAAUGGCCAUUAUGUGCAUGAGAUUCCAUCCCAAAGCACAUCACAUCCUGCUGGCCUCAACAUCAGAUGGCAAGAUCUUCUCUUGCAACACCGACACUGGUGCUAUUGAGGAGUUCGCUUCAGAGAAGGAUAAUGAAAUUAACUGCCUGGAUUUUGAUUUUGAUGGCCUACAUUUUGCCACUGGAGGAAGGGACUUGAGCAUCAGAAUUUAUAACUCAAAAACAGGACAGCUUGUCCACACAUACGAGGGAUAUAGCCAGAAACAGAACCCUACAGAGAUCCAGACGGCUGGAUGUGCCAUGAGAGUGUUUGCUCUAAAGUACCACCCUGAGUACGAUGACAUCUUUGUGACAGGAGGAUGGGAAAAUCAUCUCAAGAUCUGGGAUGCUCGGUCAAAUGAUGGAGUAAAACGAACAAUUCACGGGCCGCAUAUCUGUGGAGACAGUCUGGACCUGAAGGGAAUGAAAAUCUUGACUGGGUCCUGGGUGGCUACCAAUGCUUUACAAGUGUGGAACUACACUGAGGGCAAGUUGGAUAAGAACAUUCCGUUUGACUACAAGGGACAUGACGGUGCCUACCUGUACUGUUCACAGUUCUGUGACAAUGAUGUGGUGGUGGCCGGGGGGAGUGGCACCAAUAAUGUACAGGCCAUCAACACAGUCACAGGGGAGGUUAUUGGCAAGGUACAGAUGCACAAACCGGUCCAAGCCCUGGACACAGUGAUGGGGGGACGUCUACUAGCAGUGGGGGGAGGAGAAAACAACCUAGUCCUUGCGGCCUUGAAGUAACUCCAAAACAGCGCUGUGUUCAUUCCGUAUUAUUUGAACUGUAUAUUGCUCGUCUCUGUAUGUGCUGCUGAUCAAGUGUUGCCAAAGAAGUCUAUGAUCUAGAACAUUGACCCUGCACUGUAUUACAGGUUAUCCCUACCUGUGGCUUGCUUCAACAAUGGUGUGAUCUUUUUUUUAUAAAUGUAAAAAGUAACAACAUAAUAUAUUCAAUUAAGUCAUAUUCUGUAAGAAAUGUUCUAUCCAUUUAUUAUACUCAAUAACCGUACAAUCUACACAAAGCUUCAUUGGUUGUGAGAGUGCCAAACCUUCAUUGAUAGCCAAGCUAGUGUGUAAAGUGUGCCUCACCAAGUUCACUGAUUAGCUCCGAUACCAUCACCCUCUGUAUACCUGUCUCCAGGUGGAAAUUGUCCCACAUCUGUCACCUGCUGGAUGUAUGGAGAUUCUAUCUGAACACAUGUACCAAUGUUUGUUUGUUCUGCAUGUAUCUACACAUUCGUGGGUUUAAAUGAUUUUCUCAGUUCUAUUCUGCGAGAUAUCCGUCCCCUGGUUCCGUCCAAACAUAUUCAUUGAUUUGUACUUUAUUACGUAUUUAUUGGUGUGAAAAAAUGAAGCAUAAUACAAAUAAACAUUCAGUAUUUAUAAA